AUGACUCUCCGGAGGCCAGCUGCCUACCUGCCGACCGGCUGGGGGAGAUCCAGAGAUGAGUCCCACUCUGAGACUCUUAGCUCCGAGGGUGAGAGAUUGUCCUCUCGUUCGCGUCCUCGUCCACGGCCUCAAAGUGCCAUUGAAGGCGGACAACUGGACGGCUGGCUCCAGCACCAUCCCAGAAUGCAGACUGACCACGGUAAAACUCCAUCUUCGAGCGGUCAAACCUCUGUCACGCCUAACCUUGAUAGAAAAGCAAGUGGACGGACCUGGAGACCGUACAGGAGUCCCUCCUUCAGCGGGGUCUCGUCUUCGUGCGGGAGCCAGUGGGUCAGCUCAAUGGGCAGCCAAGAGUCCCUCCAAAGUGAGUUCUUUGUCCCUGUUGAGCGCAGAGGGAGUUUGGAAAGGGUUCAUAUCACACAGACGCCCAAGAAGGAACAGUCUCAGGUCAGUUUUCUGGCUCCCGUGAAAACUGGAUGGCUCCCAGUCCAGAAACGAGUAAUGAUGGUGGAGGGUCCUCUGAACCAAAGCCAAAUGUCUACGCUUCACUCUCCAACUCAGGUGAAACUGAAGCAACCCAUCACUCCGACAUUUCAGAAGAGUCGAGGAGGCGUCAACAUGCACCAAGCGGUUGAACUAAACUCGGACCUCGGUUUUUACGAGGGGAGAAGUCACAGGAAGACGUGGCGGACACACGACCAAGGCUCUCCUGUCAUCAAACAGGUGCCGGAUAAACGGAGCUGUGAGUCUGAAAAACCCAGAAUCUGGCAUGCUCUGAGAAGAAGCUGGAAUAGUCACCGGUCCUCGGAACCUCCCCACAGUCAGAAAGAACCCCCUGAGCGUAGUCCUCGGAAAAGGUCCGAGUUGUUCCAGUUGUUUGUCCCCCUGCGCAGGGCGAGCAGCGGGCAUCCGGUGACGCCGCCCGCCCAGCCGCCCAGGCGUAACAGCCUACAACCCUCGCUUAUCCAGACCAGCUCCGCCGCCACCACCCUCGUCCCCCGCAACAAAGUGGGCUUCUCCUCCAUCACCAUCUCCAGCAGGAAAGUCGUCAGAUCUUCCAGUCUCACCACGUACGACCGCCAAUCUUCGCCUGGGGAGCCCAUGGACCAAACCUCCGCUGGGGUGCAGAGGAAGCCCACCAUCGUCAAAGUGGUCGAGCAGAGGACCACGCUCAGCCCCCGUCCGGCUUCUGUGGAUACGGCGGUCCACCGGAGAAAGGCUGCUAUCAUUAAAGUCACAGAGCACAAGGGGAGCUACAGUCCAGCUAAGGACACAGAUGGGUCACGGAGUCAAGGACGCCACCUGGAAACUAAUCCAGAGGUUCACUCGUCCACACUGAGACUUCUCGUCAAUCCUCCCUCGGAGCUCCCUGGACAAAAACCCAAGAGGCCGCUGAGCUGCCACGGCGAUGUCUUCCCGCUCGGCGACAAUCCAAGCGAGGAGCCCGUCUCGCCGCCGCCGGCUGUCAGGAAAUGGAGCUUGGGGCUCCCUCAGGAUGCCGCGCAACGCAUCCCCGCCAACUGGGGCUCCCUCGGCCCGGCGAAAGGUGCAGGAGACGCCUGGAAGCUGAGGAAAGACGAGUGGAGGAGGUCGUCUCCGUGUCUCACGCUCAUUCAGACUCCCGAGCCUCAUCAGUCCCCGGAGGACGUCCUGGCCCUCAAUGCAGCCGCCAUCAUCGCCAACAUCAAACUCCAGCGGCAGCUUAGUCAGAAGAAAACAUCACACCGCAAUUUGGAGGGUGAAUCCGCAGCCUCCCUCCAGGGAAAUCCAGACGGAGGAGAACACAAAAAGAAGAAUUCCGUCGACGGAAGCCGUGACAUGGGGCGAGACACACUUCCUGUCCCGCCCAGUCCUGACCUCCCAAAACCACGUGAGACUAUUUCUCUACAGGAAGCACUGAGGAGGUCCAGGCCACACUUCAUCACUCGCUCUCAGGAACGAGUGCAGCAGCUGGGACGUAGAGCCCAGGAGAGGAGGCGGCGAUCCAAGACAGCAGGCCCACAAACGCAUGCUCCUCGCAGGCAGAGAGAAGCCCAGAAGGCCUGGUCCACCAAUGGUCAUCUAUCCAAACCUACAGAGGGAGUCUCUGCUGCUGCUGGGAAAGCCAAAGAGCUACGGACAAAUCGCGUUCUUACUGAGGUGAAGAAGAAAAAGGAGGAAGAGAAGAAGAAAAAGGAGGCGUGUUUGACCAAUAGACAGCGUGUGGAGCUUUUCAAAAAGAAACUGUUGGAUCAGAUUCUACACAGAAGCAGCAGCUGAAUGGCAGACAAAUAGGAAUGGAAAUGAGUUUAUACAGAAAUACAUAAGUUGUUUUUAAGUGAUAAUAAUAAAAAAAAAAUUAAAAAAAAUGGCAGUAUAUUUUAAUAAUGGGCAGCAGCAAACUAAAAAACAUACUAAUUGAAGUAUUUUAGCUUUCAGUUUUUGCUGUUUUCAUGCCAGAAAAUGUGAACAUUCUGUGUCGUUUUUGUCCCAUUUUGACUCAAAAUGGAAUCGUGUUGUGGACAAAAGUGUCGGGUCACAUGGCUUUGACUCCGAUUUGUCCAUUGGUGAGGUCAGAGGUCACUAAUGGUGGACCCGAGAGAGGCCCCGCCGGCUCCUGACGGGGCCCCUCCACACCAAACUCCUCCAGGCAGAAGCUAGCAUGCAAUCAUCACGGAGUGCCAGAUAUUACUCGGCAAGAUGGCGGAAUGUGAACUCUUCUCCGCUCGCCAUGUUAAUGAACAGUGGACGCUUGAAUGGCGCCUUUGUCAAAGCACACACACACACACAAACACACACACACACACACACACACACACACACACACACACAUUCUUGUAUUUUUUACCUUCUUGAGACCUCUGAAAAAUACCUACCUCUUUAGGACCACCCUUGCUAGAUAUAUAAAGAUGUGUAUUUACAUCAUUAAUAAUAUAUACAUACUAUGCAAAUAUAAAAAAGUUUGUUGUGAAAAAUGGGUUGGAAUUUUACAUGAAAAAUGUCCCAAUUUCACAAGAAAAACUUAACAUUUUGGCAGUGUUAUAAUAAAAGUCGUCAUUUUACUCAACGCAAGUCCAAAUUUUACAAGAAAAACUGAACAUUUGUGCAAUAUUAUGAUAAAAGUUGGAAUUUUACUCAAUAACAGUCGCAAUUUUACAAGAAAAGCUUAACAUUUGGCAAUUUUAUGAAAAGAGUCGUAAUUUUACUCAAAAAAAGUCACAAUUUUAUAGCAAAACUUUAAAAUGUUGGCAAUAUUAUAAUAAUAAUCGGAACUUUACUUGGUAAAAUGAUGACAAAAGUCAUAAUUUUACUCCAAAAAUUGUCACUAUUUUACAAGAACGACAAAAACAUUGGCAAUAGUGCGAUAAAAGUCAGAAUUUUGUAUGACAAAUGUCACCAUUUUGCAUUAAAAGUAAUAAUUUUACAUCAAAAAGUCAUAAUCGUGCAAGAAAAUGUUGCAAUAUUACAGAAACUGAAAGAAUAUGAGAAAUUGUUCCCAAUUUUAUAAGAAAAAAGUCAUCAUAUUGUAAGAAAAAGACUGCUUUUAGUAAGAACAUUUUAAUUUGAAUUUUUUGUGUGUAAUUGGUUUUUAAUCUUCAUUAUUUACUUCAAGUUAUUGCAGUGUGUCUCUAUAUAAAUAUUUAUUUUUAAUUUUUAUUAAUUUUAGCCAAAGUGGCCGCAUUUCAAUUUUUUACACACACUUGUUAUUUCAUAUGUUGACCAGAGGUGGAGCACUUUUAAAACCGACACACAGUCCAUUUAUCCAUUUUCUACCGCUUGUCCCUUUUGGGGUCAAUUUGAAAAAUCCCUCCUUUUUAGUACCACCCUCAUUUUGAUAGAUUUCACCACCAGGGGUGCUAAUGAGACAUUCUCUAUUAAAUGCAAUGGUUUUCCGGAUUGAGACCAUGAUUUAUGUCCUAACUUGUUCACACCUCCUCAUAUGGAAGCUACUUUUCCUUGUUGAUGUCUCAAGAAGAGUAGAAAUACAAGAACACACACGCACACACACGAUGCAUCCUUCGACAACCCUUUUAUUACACCACCAAAUCAUGAAUUUUGCAUGUCAGCGUGUUAAAAUGACACAUGCUUUAAUUUGAAAUUGAACAGGAUGCGUUAUUCAUGAGGUUUGACUUGUAUUGUGACUCAAAAUGAGAAGAAAAGUGUAAAAAUAUGCAGAUUUUGACACUUUUUGUGAAGCCAGUACAAUCAAGUUAAGGGAGGCGGAGGCAGCCAAUGAUGAGAUGCCAGCCUUCAGAAUAAAA